UUUAACCAUUGUAUUCUGACUUCCUGUGUUUGGGCAAAGUGAGAUUUAUAGCCACGGCCACAGACACAGACAGGCUGUACAACAUCACAACAGGAACACAACAGGAUGGAGUUCACCUCAAUCUGCCUCGUUCUCUUUUUGCGGGAUCUGCUCACCCCACAUGCAGCCACUCUGACGGUCUCUCCCGACAAAUCCCAGUUCUUCAAAUAUGACUACGUCUCUCUGAAAUGUGUGGCCAACUCGAGCGGCUGGGUGGUGAAGAGGAUGGUUAAGAACAUGGUGCAGAAAUGUGAGCGUGGCUGGGGAAUUCCAGAAGAGUCCUCCUGCACCAUUGRAGAUGCUUUCCCAGCAGACACUGGGACGUACUGGUGUGAGUCUCACAGCGGGGAGAGCACCAACAAAGUCAACAUUACUGUAAUCGCUCAUGGUGUGAUCCUGGAGAGUCCUCUGCAUCCUGUUUUAGAGGGAGAUAACGUGACGCUUCGCUGUUCCUUCAAYAAGAAAGCUGAUGAAAAUCUCAUGACAGAUUUCCCCACUAGUUUCUUCAAAAAUGGAGAGUUCAUCGGGAAGGAGAAACUGGGGAGGAUGACUCUAACAUAUGUGUCCAAGUCUUAUGAUGAAGGUCUCUACAAGUGUAAACAUCCUUCUGACGGAGAGUCGAAUGAGAGCUGGCUGGAAGUGAGAGCUAAUCUUUCUGCCGCUCACCCCCCUCCUCCUCCUCCUCCUGACGUGUCCUUGGCCGCAGUGUUAUGUGGUAUCCUGCUCUUCAUCCUCUGCGACAUCAUUUUCAUAUUUUGUGUGUACAAGUACAGAAAGUGGGCUCGAGCCAGAGCUAAUGCUAAGAGGGCAGCUGCUGGUCAUGCUGUACUGAAUUAAAGACCACAAUCAAGAAACAACCGUGGUUGGGGYUUUCUUUGAGGAUUUGAAGCCCAGCCUCUACUGCGUGCUGAAGUGCCCUUGGGCAAGUCACUGAAUCUCCCACUCCUGUCAGUGUAAACAUAGAAAUUGCUGUAAAUGUCUGAUAAAAAGCUCAGAUUGAAAUUAAAAAMGUGUUAUAUAAGAACAGACAGUUUAUUACAUGUUGUUAUAAACAGUGUUUAUAAAAAUUAGGUUUCAAUAUUUGUUGUGUUUCUGAAAACAGA